UUCGAUGUAGAAAAAAUAUAUAUUUUUUGCUUCAAUGUAAUAUUUUUUUUUCCAAUGUAAAGAAAUAUUUUUUUGCUUUGACAUCUAUUUUUUUUCUUAUGUGUUUUUUUUUUUCUUCCUCCGUGUCCCUUUAAGGACACUUUUUUUUCUUCUUCCAUGUCACCUUAGGGGCUCUGUACAAUUUUGUACUGCUAAUGACAAUGUUUUUCCCACUUAUUUCCAACAAUAAGAAAUAUGACGAUUAAAACUACAUUAUAUAUUUAAAAUAGAACUGAAAGAUGAGUAUUCAUAGGCAGCCUUCUCGUUUUAAUGAAUUGGACGUCUGUCAUUCUUAAUGGCUACCAAUGAGUUAAAAAAGUGUACUAUAAUGGGUUAAGGGACGUGGGCUGGUCCAAGUAUCCUCUGUUGGAGGGAGGAGACCGUUAGAUAGACGUGAAGAAACGGGGGGGAAAACAGCGUAAGAGAAGGAGAAUAGGGAUUUCCGCCGUGUCUCCUCUACUCCUCCUCCAUUUUUUUUGCGCACACGUUUUGCGCAUUCGGUGCCGCAGAAUAGCGCCGCACAUUUUGGACGAUUCGAAGGAAUUAUCUUGAGCCGGAUAACGACCGCACCUAUGGAGCGUUGAUUCCAAAACCCGCAAAAAAAGAAGGUCGCGUGCGAUAUUCUGAACGAUUCGGUUGCGGCGACUUGUUACAUAACCGUGUGGCUUUAGCUGUCCAGGGUGCUGAAAAGCGCACAUCCGCGGAGAAGGUCACGGGCUCGUUUGCUGUGGUUCUGUAGCUCUAGAUAGAUCGAUUUUUUUCUUUGAAGCAAUUCCGGAGAAGGGGUCCAAAUGUCGGGUCAGACGCUCACGGACCGCAUCGCCGCGGCCCAGUACCAGCUAACGGGUUCGGAUAUGGCUCGGGCCGUAUGCAAGGCCACCACGCACGAAGUGAUGGCGCCCAAGAAGAAGCACCUGGAAUACCUGGUGUCGGCCACCAACACCACCAACGUGAACAUCCCCCAAAUGGCCGACACGCUUUUUGAGCGGGCCACUAACGCCAGCUGGGUGGUGGUCUUCAAGGCCCUCGUCACCACUCACCACAUGUGUGUGCACGGGAACGAGAGGUUCAUCCAGUACUUGGCCUCCAGGACUUCGCUGUUCAACCUCAGCAACUUCAUCGACAAAACCGGAUCUCACGGCUACGACAUGUCUACAUUCAUCAGACGGUACGGCCGCUACCUGAAUGAGAAAGCCUUCGCCUACCGUCAGAUGGCUUUUGACUUCACUAGAGUCAAGAAGGGGGCUGAUGGCGUAAUGAGGACCAUGACCACAGAGAAGCUCUUGAAGGGCAUGCCCGUCCUGCAGACCGAGAUUGACACGCUCCUCGAGUUUGACGUUCAUCCCAAGGAGCUGAACAACGGCAUCAUCAACGCAGCUUUCUUGCUGCUUUUCAAGGACUUGGUCAAACUCUUCGCCUCCUACAAUGACGGCAUCAUCAACAUGUUAGAGAAAUACUUCAAGAUGAAAAAGAGCGACUGCAAGGAGGCAUUGGAGAUCUACAAGCGGUUCCUGACUCGAGUGACAAAAAUUGGCGAGUUCAUGAAGCUGGCCGAGACCGUCGGAGUCGACAAAAAUGACAUUCCCGACAUCAAUUAUGCCCCCAGCAGUAUCCUGGAAUCCCUGGAAACACACAUGAAUGGCCUUGAGGACGUCAAGGGUGGAAAGAAGGGGUCUCCAACUAAGGGUUCUCCUACAAACAACGUGUCUCCAACUUCCACUCCGGCCAAAUCCUCAAACGCCGUCCCCACACUGCAGCCUCCGCCUGGGGAAAGCGCCGCUGCCGCCGCUCCUGCUGCACCCGAGCCUGCGGAAGAUUCCUUGCUGGACCUGGAUCCUCUAUCCUCUUCUGGUCCACCAGCAGCAUCUGCCGGCACCACGUCCUGGGGAGAUCUCCUUGGAUCAGAAAUGGGCGAUUCCUUGCUAGCCGAGCCCGCCCUGGCAGCGGAGGCCGCUGCCCCCUCCCCCACCGCAUCUACGCCCGCCCCCGCGGCGCCAGAAGCCGGAGUCCCACUAGUUCCUCCCACUAGCACGGCGGGCGCUACCUCCCCUGGCGCCACCAAUAUGGAUCUGUUAGGAGACACCUUCGCCACCCCUGCCGCCACGGCCACUGAAACCCCAGCAGCUGAGGGUGCAGCCGCCGCGCCAAACGCCGCACUGGUUGCCGGAGCCACUGCCGGAGCUGAGUCCGCUGGAGGAGGAGAUGCCCCGGCAGCAGCCGGCACCGCUCCUGGAGCAGAACUCGCUUCAGCAUUUGACGGGCUAGGGGACGUAAUGAAGCCCUCCCUGACCCCCCAGGCGGGCGAUGUUGACACCUCCAUGGCUAAUAUGGCGAGUAAUCUGACGAUGGGAUCCCCAGCGGCCCCUCAGGUAGCUCCCCCGAGUUGGGGUGCCCCCAUGCAAGCACCCAUGGGUGUCCCUCCGUUUAUGGGGACUCACCCAGGCUACAGCAUGCCCGGGGCACCGUGUGUUAGCGCUCCCAUGAUGCCUUUGGUUAGGCCGGGCUUCCCCGCCACUGGCGCCCCGAUGUCUCCAGGAGUGACCCAGAGCCCUAGAAAGCCUCCUCCGCCCAGGAACGCUCUGGAUGACCUUAACAUUAAGGACUUCAUGUAGGAGGCCCACAUGCAGACCUUCUCAAGGUGUACUGCGUGUAGCACUCCGUGGGUCCGCACUCCCCCACUGCCGACCAUCAGCGCAAUGCCCCUCCCCUUCUAGAGGCCACAACCCCUGAAAGACCCUCCCUCCCUCGGCCCCCAUGAAUUACUGUUGUAGCACAACUGUGAAUGUGAACCAUAGAUACAGAACACUGUUUUAUGUGUGUGUGGGUGUGCGUGUAAAUCAGUGUUAAACUUUACUUAAUAUACCAUGGCGGGUGGGGGAAUGAAAAAGACAAAAAAAAAAUGCUUAUUUAGAUUUGUUCUGGAAAAAGCUGACUUGAAUGGAAUGGUACAGUGUUUUCUUUGCGCAUCUCGCAGAUGAGGACUGUGUUGUUCAAUGUGGACUGUGUUUCGCUGUGUGUAACUUCACUGGCCACCUCCCUCAAACAAACGCUCCUUAACGGUCCCAACUAAUACUGAGCUAAACUCCUCGUCGUCCCGGCUAAUACUGAGCUAAGUGUAUGUCAUGGUCUAACUACAGUAUGUCAAGCUUAGCCACCCGCGCUCCCGAUUGGUCACGAAAACGCGCCUUUUGUUAACCUACGGGUUCUCAAGAUUUGAACUCAAUUUGAAAUAUGCACUGUUUUAUUGAUAGAUUAUACUUAUUUUCUUUAUUUUGAGGGAAUAAAAUACCAUAUUUUAGUUACAUAUCUUGGGGAAAAAGCAUGUAGAUGUAAAAUAACAUACUUGUCAGUUUGCUAGAAUCAGUAUUGUUUAUAAAACUGGUGAUUUGACGUGGCGCCCUCUGCUGGUGUGGAGUACAUAGGUUGCUGGCAUUUGUGCAUGCAAUUGGACGACGUCCGGUACAUUUGCUCACUUGGGAGACCGGCUGUAAAGCACUCUCGUAUAUGCUGGAUGUUCUGUGUGUUGUUUAUUUCCAAAAGUGACUGUAUCUUAAUCCAUUGUGGCAAAUACAUGUUGAAAAAAAUAAUAAAGGCGACAAUGACAUUUACAUACAAAGACAA